AUGCCCCGGGCCAUAGCGACCGCUAGGACUACGCAAACGAGCGCAGGUUCGGUACCGUUGGGUUCUGGCGACAGACUCGUUCGGUCCUACACCCGCUCACGCAAUGGCUGUUUCACUUGUCGGUUGCGAAGGAAGAAGUGCGACGAAAAUCAUCCAAAAUGUAAUAGUUGCACCAAACUCGACCUCAUUUGCGACUAUGCUGAGCCCCCGUGGUGGAGGAGUUUGGAACAGCGGGACAUACACAAGGAGAGGAUGCAGAGAAGGAUCAGGUUCAAUAAGGUGAUGGAGAAGGAGAGAAAUCUCCAAGCGUUCGUGGAUCGCACUCUCCCAGGGGUCAGGAGGAUGAACGUCACUUCCGGAUCCCAUCCAACGCACACCAUCACAUACGGCCCAUACAGAUCAGAGACGUCCACAUCCGAAGCACCUCCGACACCGUCGACGGCUGGGUUCGGUUUCGAUAAUGCCCAGCCGUCGUGGCAGGGAACAGUUCCUUCGGCUCUCAACAUUCUCGGCUCGCAAGAUCUACCAGGACAGCUGCCACUGCCACCACUAUCACAACAGCUACCAUUGCCGUCAUUGACACAGCAAUUUCCGGUGUCAGAGCCAUUCCAGGAGUCUCUUCCAGGCUUCUCCCACCAGAUUCCUCAGGUACCGCAGCAAUUCUCCGAGCAGAACACGUCGCAGAUGUCGCUCUCAGCGUCCACGUCCAACAACGACUGGCCUCAAGGAUACCACAGCGAGUCCAUUACUGACGAUAAUGCUGGUUUAGAGCAAUUGUCUAAGGAUGAAUCACUCGCCGCAUAUUUACAGGCAAUGACCGUGGCUGCCGCUGAGCGGCCACUGCUCAAUAACUUCGUUGACAAGGUCGUGAAGCUGAUCUUUCCGGUACUCGAUAUCCAUCCUCAAAGCCUCUCCCGGACGCAUGAAAUUCUGCAAUCGAUCGAAACCAACAAGCCUUAUUUCCACGUCUGUAUGAGUGUAUCUGCCCUUCACAUUAAGACUGUCAAUGCCAGCCAUACCUGGCGAACACAGGACAAGGUGAUCGAUGACAUCAUGCGGCACCGAUGGGCUUCUGUUUCAGAGCUAUGCGAUGCACUUAACUUGGAUGAGAAUCAUAGCAAAGUUCUGGAUGCAACGCUCGCGACAAUCUUCUUUCACUGCGCUGUGGGAGAGCCUGAUGACUAUCUUCCGGAUAUUCCUUGGUACGAGCACUUUACAGCAGUCUCCAACCUCGUCAACAAGCUGGGUCUGCUAGAGAUGCGCCCCUCCACGGAUUUACCCUUCAGCAUGUCGCUCACUACGUGGAUCGAUAUUCUCGGUGCUACAAUGCUCGGCAGAUCGCCUCUAUUCGCUCACGCAUAUCGCGCCAAGAAUUUGAGCGGAGUCGCGUCGGGUUUGCAAGAGCUCAUGGGCUGCGAAGAUCGUAUAAUGUACUUGAUUUCGGAAAUCGCAUGUCUUGAAUCGUUGAUUAGGGAAAGACGUGUUGAUGAACAGGGUCUUCGCCUUCACAUCUCUGCUCUGACCGAGCAACUCGACAAUGCGGAGAUCGAACCCUCUGGGAACCCGUGUACUUCGUCGGGCAACAUCUGCCCCAGGAGGCUUACGGAAAACAUAACGGCGGUGUUCCGAGCCGCCGCACGGCUCUAUCUUGCGACUCUAGCUCCUGGGUUUGAUCGCUAUAGCAAGUACACUGCCGACCUUGUCGAAGCUAUUGGGAGCGCUGCCAUCAACAUCCCUAAGGGUCCCUACGGUUUUGAUAGGGCACUCGUCUGGCCUCUGUUCAUUGCGGGCGCGUAUUCCUUGCCUGGGUGUACUUUCCGGAUUCUGUUGUCUCAUCGAGCGACAGCGUUGGCAGAUGAAGCCGACUAUGGUAGUUUCGGGCGCAUGUAUCGCGUGCUAAAGGAGUGUUGGAAGGUUGGGGACUAUCCCAGUACGACGACGGAAGUUUACGCCGAAGCCAACCACUUACUGCCCUCGAAUAACGCGGAGCAGAAUGCCAACGGGUCUGCUGUUCAGCUUCCUUCUAUCGAGUCGAUCGGCCGCCCCAUCAAGAAGUCGCCCGUUCACUGGAGAGAUGUGAUGAAGCGCCGCGACUGGAAAUACCUUUUGAUGUAG